AUGAGACAACAAAUAUUAAUGGUUGCAGCACAAAGUGUACUAUGUUCCACUGUUUUUGGUGAGCGAACUAAUGUAGGACUUUCCACUGAAGAGCUGGGAGGUGACUCAAUUUUAUACUUCAAUGAAGACCCUAUAGUAAUUGAAAUCGAUAAGAAAGCAAUAGACGAGAAGGCCCUGGAACAGUUGGCAAAUACUAGAAAUGUUGUUCUUACUGAUUUACCAGAAACUCUUGAAUUUAUAGAUUUCAAUGAGUACGCAAAAAUGAAAUCAAAAUCAGAUAUGCUCCUAGAAUACAUCAACGAAUACGAAUUCGAUGAUUUCGAAAGAAGCUCCGAAGGUGGCCUUGAUGAAGAAGAGGAAGAUCUAAUCUAUGAUUUUAAUGCCCAAGCUGAAAAUAUGGGCAAACUUGACGCAAAUAUUUAUGAAAUAGUCAAAGAAAAAGACGUCGUUAAUACUUACGAUAAAAACAUUACUAACGCAAGUACAACUGAAUCAACCACUACCAGUAGGCCCUUCAUGACUUCUCACUCCUACGUUGCUUCUUCCACCCCUUAUUCUAAUGUUUCAACAUUGGGUGAGGACUACGAUAAUGCGGGCACAUUUCUGACUCCAACAACAGUGGCUUUGGCGGUACUGUUAACCAUUUUGUUAUUUAUACAGGCGUAUUAG